CAAACAAGUGGGGGCGAGGAUGGGAGGGGCGUCCUCCCGCGCCGCCCGGGCGGGGAAGGGGCGCCUGCGUCGGCUUCCGGCCGCCUCCCGCGGCCACCGGCCGGACCCUGCUCCGGCCGCCUGCGUCCAGGUGAGCCCAGGACCUUUAUCUAGUCGGCGGGAUGCAGGCGUGCUGGGGGCCCCGGAGGCGCUCCUGCUCCGCAGAGUACGAACAAUGGGCCGUUUUGAGGAGCAAAAGAGCCGCAGUCCCCUGUGGGAUUCGUCCAACCGAGGUUUGGGGCAGACAUUUGGGGAGCGCCUUGUCCAGUUGCUAGGAGUCCUGGUUCCCAGCGUUGCCCGCAGGCUCCGGCCCGUGGGAGAGGCUUUGGCCGGGGAGAAGUUUCAGACUGGAAGUCGCUGGGGAUUUGUGUUUCUCUUCCAGCCCCGGUCCACACCUGGGGGCAGGAUGUGCUCCCGGGAGCCCGGCAGGGUCUGGGCAAGAGCCUCUGCAGAGGCCCUUAUGCCGGGAGCAGGUGAGGCAGGGCCCCUGGCUGCGACGGGACUUCAUCCUGGGGCCUGUUGGAAUGACUGGCCACCGUUUUCCUGCAGACCUGAUUUAACACUGACACAGGGCAUCAGCUGUUGUGGCAAGGGAUAAUGGUUUUUCAUCUGGACUGUGAUACGGAGGGUUUUAAAAUUUUCUAAAUGUGUAUUUAAGUUUAAAAGUGAGUUGGUUUAAGGAAAUGUAUUAAACCAGUAAAAAUGAAAGUCAUGGCCUGUCUGUGAUGAAAGUUUGGGGAACUCAUCCGAGUCCCCUCCUACUACCGACACUCUGGCUUUGGGGAGAAGGAACCGGAAUUAGGGAGGCCCCAGGGAUGGGGGCAGAAUCUUGGGGAUUGCAGGGCCUCUAUCAGGAAUGGGACUAUCCACCGGCGCCUGGGUGCUCAGCCAUUAAGCAUCUGCCUUCGGCUCAGGUCAUGAUCCCAGGGUCCUGGGAUCAAGCUCCACAUCAGGCUCCCUCCUUGGCAGGAAGGCUGCUUCUCCC